GCGCAGUCUAUAUAUACUAUGUCUAUGGCCAUAACUAGAAGAAGAAGAUGAGAAAACAGUAUCUUUUAAACAUGGAAGAGAGAUUCCGGAACCUCGACUGGUACGUGCACAGCGAUUUUGCGAGAUGAUUUCAAGCGUCGAAACGGACAGAAUUUUUGCAUCCUGCGUUGGAGGACAUGAUAGACAAUGUCUUCAUCAGGGACGAGAGAAUGGAGCGCGAGAGCGCGAUGUACAAAAUCAUGAACGAUAACUUCAAAAAUCCGUUUGAGAAUAUUGAAAGUGAGUACGCCGAUGUCGAUGUAGAGCUGAUUAAAAAGCAUCUCUUCGAGGAUGGCGAGGUUUUUGCCGACUCGCAAGACGAGGAACAAGUGAAGCACGAGGAUAGCUCCAGUAUGCAAGAGCAAAAGAAGCUCUAUGUACCUGGUAUAAGGGUAUCACCGGUUCCCUUUCCUAGAAAGUCUGAAUUAACUAUGGCUCAGCAAGCUAUGUGCCUGCGCGUUUUAUUGAGAUUUUCUAGCAUCGAGAGGGGGCCAAUGAAUGAGAAAGAGCGAGAAGAAUACGAAGAAUACAUGACAUUGAAACGAAUAAUAAAUCAGGAACAGCAAGAAUUUCUAGAGUUUGUAAAGAACCAAUGGGACGAGACCUUCAAAUGGCGAAUCAAAUGUAAUAAAUUCGUCGCAUUAAAGUGGAAGGCAAAGGCGCACAGGUAUAGAACGUUACCGCAAUAUUAUGUCGAAAGUACAAAUAUAUCACUUUGUGUACAGAAGGUUAAUUUGACGAAUAAAGAUAUUAGAGCAGUAUUCACGUCUUGUUUACAACAGGAGGCUUUACCCAAAGUGAUAUUGCCGACACUCGAUCGGCCGCAGAAAUUGUUUGUAGAUACUGUAAAAUUGCUCGAACGAUAUCCUCCGUGUGUCACACAUCAAGUGACGCAGCAUUUCAGAUUACCCGUGAGUGAGGAUAUGUAUUGCGAGAGUUUGGCGAGGGAAGCUGAAGCAGACUUUGUUAUCUCGUCCAGUGGCCUCAAGUGUUUAUUGAACAACAUAGACCCAAACUAUUCAAACACGUGGCUCAUACCGAUAGUCGUGAAAUCGUAUGGUGGAAAGAAGGUUGUUUAUGUGGAUAAAAAAUUACCACCUACCACAGCCACUAUACAGCAAAAAAAUACUUGGGUUUAUAAAUACAUACUUAGGCAUUAUUUCGUUAAUGAAAGUGAAUCCUCGAAAAAAAUAAAAACGAAAGAAAAACCUGAGAGUGCCACAAAUUGCUCUGAUUCGGACGAUAGUACAUGCAAUGAUUAUCUUAAGAUCUAUGAGGAAGAUUUGUAUUUAUCAGAUACAGAUAAAUCGGAUAAUCUAACAAAUGUCCAAACUGAUUUCAAAAUGGAUAAGGAACAAAAUGUAUCGUAUAAUCUUUUCAGACUAGGGCCUUCACUGGAAUUUUUACAGCAAGAAAAAAUGAGUGGGGUGAAGGAAUAUAAAAUGUUAGUUCGUACAAAGACGGAUGGUAUUGAGAUGUUACCAAACCAAGAAUCGCAGACUUUAAUAUUAGCACCAAAGAUGGAGCAUCAGCUUGCAUAUGGAGCUGAAGCUGUAACAUUGGACGAAGGCAUGCAGCAGUGGAUCUCAUUAAAAUUUAGACCAAAGGCAUUAUUAGCUAGAGUUAGAAUAGCAACUGACACCGCGGAAAUAAUACAAAUAGAAAGACAUACAUCACUGUCGGUGAGCAAAGAUCUAAAACGACUUCAUAACGUCAAAGUGCAAGAUUCUUUAAGUAUUUUGCAUAAUAUAAUUGAGGAAUUAUCAUCCUUGACUCCUGGUCAAUAUAUUAUAAGACAUGUUCCACAGAAUGGACCGUUUGCUUGUGUUUAUAAACCAGUCAACCAUAGGAAAAAUGUCUUCGAUUUACAUGCAAUGUAUAAAUCCAUGACAUAUGAAACAAUAUCCAAAUUUCCAUGGCCACCCAUAGAUAUUAUGAUGACAACUCCAGCGAUUAAAUGUUAUAAAAAGAUGCCUGCAAUGUUUAAACCAUCUUUCAAGGUUUCUAAGACACCAUCUGGCCGACCUAGAGGACGCCCAAAGAAAAAUACUAAUGUCACUAGCAAUAAUAAAGUUCCUGUAUCUCUCCGAAGAAGUACUCGGCAAAUAAUAAAUAAAACGAAGACGUAAAAGAGAAAACGCAGCAUAAUUUUCUAGAAGAAAAUAGUUUCUAUUUUGAAAAUAUUUGUUUAUUUUGUAAUGAAAUUUUUGUUUCCUAUAUUCUUUCUUUCGUGCUGCUCUUUAAUAAUCGGUAAUGCAUCACACAGCUAUUCAUAUCUCGAUUGAAAAGGUAUGCACAAUCAAUUUAGAAUAACGUUUUUAUUUUGAAGUGAGUAAUCAAAUCUAAAAUAAUUGAAAAGCAACAUAAAAGAAAAAGUGAUUAAAAAUAAAAUGUUUUUUUCAGAUGUGUAAUUGCACAAAGUUAGCUAUAAUUUCAUCGAUAUAUAUGUAAAAUACUAUCAAAUGCCAGGUAUUAUGGAUAUGAACAACAUUUAUAUUCGUCAACUUUUCUCUACAUUAUUUUUCUAAUUGCGUGAGCAGAAUAAAAAUAUAUUCAUAUACUAUAAUAAAAAUAUAUUCACAUAAAUUUGUUGUCUUCUUUGUGCCAUAUCUCACAUACGAAUAGUUAAGGAGAAAUGUAGAGAAAAUUCACUUUUAUCUAAUUAAUCUGGUUUAUAAUAUGGACAUAUGAUUGUAUGAUUUGACAUUUAUA